AUGUCUCGAAUCAGCAUAAUUAAUCGAUCCGGCGGCCUGACAUAUGGUGGGUCAAGAUCUGUUCUGAAACACCGGGACGAAUUCCCCAUACUAGACUUCAAAGAGUUAUCUAUAUGUCUACAAGGAUGUGACUUCACCGCCAACGAAGAUUUGGUGUCCAGACCUACAAGUCAGUAUAUCCGCUCACUCUUUGAGCAGCUCCUAGAUACGUUUAUGGGAUUCUCUCCUGAAUAUUGCGUCACGGCAACUAGCAAUCUACUCAGAUCAGCAGCCAAUUCAGAAACCAGCAAAGAACUUAGCGACGACGACAUCUCCAACGACGAUACUGCGAACACCAUGCACAUAUUGGUGCUCUUUCGUGCUGCGGAAACGAUGCUCCAGACAUGCGGCAUCCAUGACUUCACCUUGAUGGAUCUUAUGAGACCUGAACCACAACGAACGAGGAGAAUCUUGAGUGCAGUGAUCAACUAUGCCAGGUUUCGAGAAGAGCAUCUCCGAGAGUGUGAACCAUUAGUUCGCAUCUGUGAAAGCAAUAUGGAAGAAGUUCGUAGAGUUGAGGAUGCCAAUAACCUGAUUUCCACCAACAUAGGGAUAUUGAAGGAUCGUUUAGAAGACGAAGAAAAUGGACAAGAUGGCCACCGGAAAUCAACACUUGUCCAAUUGAAUAAUUACAAUUCACGCCUUGAACUGAAACUCAAGAAACUACAGCGUUCGCAAGAGAUUCUCAAACACGAGCAUGGACAAUACAAAGAAGAAAAGGCUAGACUCUUUGAGAAGCUUGAGGAUAAUCAUUACCUCAUUGGGGAAUCGACGAAUGAACUUGAGAAACUCAAAUCGUAUUCAAUGGCCGACCCCUCCCUAAUAAAUCGAAUCGUGGAAGAGUUGCGAAACAACCUUAGUCAACACGAGGAACAGCUUCGCACUACCGAGGAGGCUCUUCGUAACAAGACAAGGACAGUCAACUCGAUCCAACAUGUUGAGGAUGAAUUAAGAAAUCUUAUCAAGAUUGUACAAGAAAUUUCCAAUGACCUAAGAAAGCUUCAAGAUGAAAGAGAUAAAAUGGUAAAGCAGACCGACGAACUUGAGCAUAAGAAACACUCAUCAGAGGAGCUUGAGGUUGUCAUACAGCGAAUGAAGCGCAGACUUCAAAAGUCUGAGGAAAAAAUCGUGAAGUUGAAGCAGCAAGCUCAGGAGAGAGACGAGAAUGCCAAGGACAAGCUAAAGGCACUCGAAAAGGAGUACACUCUUCUUGCACAGGAGAGACAGAGUAAGGAGAAGAAACUCGAUCAAACCAAAGCGGAGAUCAACCAGUUGGAUACGCAGAUUAUUUCGAUGAGAAACGAAUUUGAUUCUGAAUGGAAGAGCACAGAGUCAGCCGUUGCCAAGUUGAACGCUCACAUCAAAAUGUAUUUGUCUGACAUAAACAGUCAGCUAUAA